GAGAGAGAGAGAGAAAAAAAAGGAAAACAGGAAGCUGUGCAGAGCCUGGCAAGGCAACAGCGUGUUGUACUAUUUAUAUUUGGGGUAUAAAAAAAGAAAGAAAAAGAAAUGGGUAUUUAUACGAAAUUUGAAUUUAUAAUAUCAUGGCUAUUUUCAGGAUGGGCUACAAUGCAAAUAACAUUUGUUAAAUGCUCUGUUUACCCACCGGAGACGAGUGGCGAUGGUGCACUAAAGCUUCCAUCACCAGUCCUUCCGAUGUCACCUGUUUUCCAAGCAAACAGUUUGGGAUUCUUCUACUCUCUCAGUCUUUCAUCUAACUUUCCAGAGAACUUGGAGGUUAACGAACAUUGCAUUGAACUGCUCCACAUCUUCGGUCAACGCUACGUGACUUAUGCGAACUGUCUGGUGACUUAUGCAAGACCCGUCAAAAUCUGUCAGAACUGUUAUACUGGCUUCAGCAGUCUGGAGGAAAUAUAUACAAAUAUAUCAUCUGACGAACUGGGCCCUGGAAAUGUCAGUUGCCAUGACAGCUUGAUGCGUUCUGAUAGGCUGAUGCUGCUCUAUAACCUUUACAGCAAAUUAGAUGAGAUUUGGACAUCAGCAGGAUGCAAACAAUGUCUAAGUGGAGAUCAACAGACUCUGUCCAAUGAUACCAUCUACUUCAUGAUUACGCUGAAUAAGUCACUGACCUGCUUUGAGAAAUAUCAGGGGAACCACUCUGAAUUGUGUAAAGACUGUAAAGACUCAUACAGAAGGUUGAACGAGCUCUAUGGAGGCAUGGAGAAAAACAAAACACGCUGCAUUGAUAUAGAGGAUGCAAUGAACACGACACGGCAGUUAUGGAGUAAAAACUUUGGUUGCUCAUUCCCUCGUGAAGAGACUGUGCCUGUCAUUGCGGUGUCCUGCUUCAUGCUCUUCCUUCCCAUCAUCUUCUACUUAAGCAGCUUCCUGCACUCAGAACAAAAGAAACGCAAGCUCAUACACCCCAAGAGAGCCAAGUCCAGCAGCAGCCUAAUGAAUAUCCAGGACAAAUUCAGCUGAGUGAGGAAGAUGGAAAUAGGGGGCACUGACUGAAUCUUAAGGCACUUUCUGCAUGGAUGGGCGGGGCUCACUGCUUUUCUUGAACUCCAAGUACAUCCUGGAUCAAAGACAUUACAAUAUUGCCCCGCUGCUGCGAUCACAUUCUAGCAUUCUAUUUAAGUAGUUUUUUUUUUUUUUGGUAAGAUUUGCACUAUUUAUUUGAAUAUAGGCCAAUAGGCCAUUUUUCACUAAUGUGUUAAAAAAAAAGAGCUGUUUUUCCAGUGAGGAUCAAUAAUAACCAAUAUUAUGAAGGAUGUUUGUAUUAUAUUGUUGUAUUUAAUGAAUGAAAGAUUCAGGGAGGUUUAACUUUUACAUGAGACUGGUUAUGCUGCCUUUUUACUGCACUAAGAGAGCAUGUUACAUUUUAAAUUCUCUAUUUUGCUAGGUAACAGUGAAUUAAAACACACACGCACAACAUGGCAAUGGUACCACUUCUGAAAGCACUCCAUGGACAUUAGAGAAAGAUCUGGUAACAAGUACUUGAUUCAAGGUUAGAGGUGUAUGCAGUUAGUAGAGGAGAAAAGCAAAGGAAAAAAUAAAAAUUAAGUGAAAGAGAAAACGUUAACAGACAGGCAACAUAAGGCCUUAUUAGGCAGUUGCCUGUUUACUAUUGACCUUUCAUUUUAUAAAUGGAGUUACCAUAGUCUGGCCAAUUAUUCUAAGAGAGUUAGACAAGGAAAAUGAAAGUAUCAAUUAUAGAGUGUUGAAUCAGACAAAUCUUUUAUUUGCUCAGCCAAGAUGUUGGCCAUUUUUGAAAGUAUUAUAUAAAGUGUAAUUUUAGUAACCUUGCACUAAUUUGACUCUGAAUCCAGUAUGUUUAUUCUUAAGAUCUGUUCAGUUUAAUACAUACAGCAAAGUAGUAUAAUAAAAUAGUUUUCUACCCCAAAGCCUCCUCAUACCUCACUAUUAAAAUAUGUUAAUUUAACUUAACUUAAGCAUUUUCCUUGGUGCGAUUGACAGGCUCGUUGUUUUCAGGGUUGUAUGGACUUACCUUGGAUUGCAAAGCACCCGUUUCCCCCGUCAUUAGCAGCUAAUCUAAAUGUAGGAUAAAGUUACUUGGCCGAAUAAUCAUAACAACACAUCAGCUAAAGCUGCCUUGGCUUUUUGGUCUUAUGGAGCCGAGCCAAUGCCUAUGAUACCGGCCGUUAAGCGCAUUUCGCUUGAUUUGUUCAAUCAUAUGAUCAUGCUGGAAGAUCUGGGAAAAAUAGCCUUUUCAUACAUGGCUUAUGAGUGCAACGUGUAUCAAGAAUGACAGAUUUCAUCGCUGAAAUGCUGUAUCCGUUAAGCGGUGGUGAAAGUCAUUACUCCUGACCUGACUGGAAAUUGUUGUGAGUAGGGUAAUUUUAUGGCCACGUGUUGGAGGAACUGAAACAAAAGCUGAAAUACCUUUGAGGCGCAUGACCUAAGCUUUACUUUACCUGACAAGAACAUUAAAGAGGAUGAGGGGAAACUGGUGGGGGAUAUGAGAUUAUCCUUCAUCACGUUUUGCCCCAGCAAGAAUCGGAGCAGUGACUUUGGACUUUAAGCAAUGAGCCUAUUAUGAAAUAUCCCUCUUCGCCUGAAACUCAACAGGGGCUUAGAAAUCCACCAAACCAAGGUCUUCAGUAGAGUUAAGGCACUCUUUUUAAAAGCUGCCAUUACAUUUUGGAUGACCUGUCAUGAUGAAUGAUAUCAUCGACUUUUUUUUUGCUAUCUGUUUGUGCUCCUUCAGAAGAACUUUCACACUAAUAAAAAGUCUAAUUGUACAUUUCUUAAUGCUGUGAUUUUAUUAUAAAUAAAAUGACAUACUAAUUCUAAAGCUACUUAGUGUUUUAUUGGCUUUAUAAUUGUAUUAAAAAGAGUUGAGAUUAUGCAAUUCCAAACCAUUUUUUCCCCUUAUAAUAACACC